AUGAAAUCUGAUUACAAGCCAGCGAGACAGCCACAAAGACGACUGAAUCUAGUCAUGAAAGAAGAGGUGCACAAGGAAGUACUCAAAUUACUGGAAGCAGGACUCAUUUAUCCCAUCUCAGAUAGUGCGUGGGUCAGCCCUGUGCAGGUUGUUCCCAAGAAGGGAGGAUCUGAAAAUGUUAUAGUGGACCACUUAUCACGAUUGGUUAAUGAGGAAGUCACUUCAAAAGAAGCAGAGAUUAGAGAUGAAUUCCCUGAUGAAUCCCUGUUCAUUGUGAAUGAAAGACCUUGGUUUGCUGAUAUGGCCAAUUUCAAAGCAGCGAGAAUCAUUCCUAAGGACUUCACUUUGCAGCAAAAGAAGAAAUUCUUUCAUGAUGCUCGAUUUUACAUAUGGGAUGACCCACAUUUGUUCAAGAUAGGAGCAGACAAUCUUCUCAGAAGAUGUGUGACAAAGGAGGAGGCCAAGAAUAUAUUAUGGCACUGUCACAACUCACCCUGUGGAGGCCAUUAUGGUGGAGAUAAGACAGCAACUAAGGUCCUGCAAUCUGGGUUCUUUUGGUCAAUGCUGUUCAAGGAUGCUCACCAGCAUGUGUUGCAAUGUGAUCAUUGUCAGAGGAUGGGUGGGAUUUCGAAAAGGAAUGAAAUGCCUCUACAAAAUAUUAUGGAGGUUGAAGUCUUUGACUGUUGGGGGAUUGAUUUUGUAGGUCCCUUCCCUCCAUCCUUUGGCCACGAAUACAUCUUAGUAGCUGUCGAUUAUGUGUCUAAAUGGGUUGAAGCAGUGGCCGCCCCAAAGAAUGAUGCUAAGACCGUAGUAAAAUUCUUAAGGAAAAACAUCUUUGCACGAUUUGGGGUGCCUCGAAUCUUAAUCAGUGAUAGAGGCACACACUUUUGUAAUAAUCAGCUACAGAAAGUGUUGAAGCAUUACAAUGUAACACACAAGGUAGCAUCCCCUUAUCACCCUCAGACCACCAAGCGGAAGUGUCAAACAAGGAAUUGA